CUCCCAUCCCCCCCUCUUCCUUUUUUGCUCCUCACCACGAGGUCCUCGUCCUUCUCUUCUCUCACGGGUUGCGGCAGCUUAGCAGGCGAUCCCAUAUCACGUCAAGAAUUCCCAAUCACUGCUCUGCUCCGUCAUCUCGCCUUUUCUUUUCCGUCAUCUCAUAUCUAUAUCUCGUCGCCUCUGUCCGACACCGAACGAACCCCGCCUUUGGAUAUACCCUCACGCUUUCACGCUUCAACUUCUACGAUACCGAUACGAUACGAUACGAUACCCCCAACUCACCAUGCCCGUUCAAUUACUGCCGGCUUCGGCUGCCGCUUUCGCACCCCGCGCCUCAUCAGUCAAUGUUGUCCUAGGAUCCAAGGUUGAGCUCUGGUUGACGCAGACCCUCAAGCGCAUCAACCGAGUCAAGCGCCCACUCAACAGCGUCCCUCAACAUCAGCGCUGCUUGACAGAGACCUUGUCGUCGUCAAAUGCCAUUUGGACACUCGCUUCCCUCAUGCUGCCUAAGCUCCCCGAGGCGGACACGCCGACCGACCCAGAUGAGGCCAUGUUCAGCCACCAGCUCAUUCAUGUCGAGGCCUACAUUGUCCAUGUCGACAUGGUCUUGCGCAACGAAGUCGCCUACAAGCUCACCAAGGACACCAUCGAGGCGCUUGUCGAGUACCACAAGGAGAUCCACUGCGUCGACGCCAAAGCCAACACCCACGACUGGCCCGACAAGGACCAGCAGUGCAAGAAGCUCCACGAGGACUUCGUCCAGGCCAUCAACAAGUUUGUCUACCGGACUCAUGUGUCUGCGCUCGAAGGUCUCGAGGAGGAAGGUGCUGGCGAGCUCCUAUGUGGAAAAAGCGACGAGGUCAAGAUCCAGCUCGGGAAUCUCAUGAAGCCGCUCCUGCCCCCGCCUUCUCGCGCCGUCGACAUUGUCCGCCAGCCUCCCCUGCUGCCCAGCUCGCCGGCCGCCAACAUGUGGCCCCAGUCUUCUGUCAAUGGUGGUGGUCUCCCUGCCGUGGAUGCUUGGAGGAUCUUGCCCUCGAGCCCAAGUGUGACCUCGACAUCUGCCGAUUCCAACACAAGCCCCAUCUGGGCCAACAUGGGAAUGAGCGAGUGCCAGUUGCCGUCCCCCACGCACGCAUACAGCCCGCCUCACACCACGGCUGGAUUCUACUUCGGCUCACCACAGGUGACGGCUCCCAUGCCCCCUCUCCCCCUCCCCAGCAUGUUCGCACCAGCUCAAUGUGGUGUGAGCGUGGGCAUAGGGAUGGGGAUGGGCAUGAACAUGGGCGGCUUUGGCUGGGAUCGCUACAACGACUUCGCGGCCAUCAUUUGACAACGACAACCGC